GCAUGCGCAGCGACCCCUCUCUCUUCUUGAUAUUUUAUUUACUCCCGAAACCCAAGAUGGCUCCUGUGAAUGUCUCGGUCCCAUAGCAAAUCGAGGAUGCAAGUAGCUGCCGGAAAGACAACUUUUCCCCCGACCGACGCGUCCCGUGGAGUUCACAUCGUGGAGGUCCUGAGGGUCGUGUAGGCAGCUACAAGCCCCCCCCUCCCCCCCACCCCCACCUCAAUUCGGAGUAGUUUCGCGAAGUAGCUUCUUCUCCUCGCUGUCGCUUGUCUGUCCGGAGCGGAGGGUUCAGACGAGGCAGGCGGCUCACACAAAUGGCCGAGCCGAGAAAAGUGCAGUUUGUCACCCUCUCGGCCUUCGCACCGGGGGCCGCCGCGGAGUCCAGGAAGCGCCGGCUGCAGGAGGAGGAGGAGGCCGACUUCAACUUCGGGAGAGCCGGGGAGGUCGAGGCAGCAGCGACCGGGGCAGGAGGAGGAGGAGGAGGAGCCGCCGCCGAUGAUCGCCUCGGCGAACCCGGCGACGGGGACGAGAAGAGGGCGACGGUGCGGCUCAACCUCUCCCUCUCCGAGCCCGACGACCGCGCGUCCGUCGAGUUUAAUUAUGGAGAACUCAUCCAACACCUCAAGGUCAAGAAAAAUCCUCCGAGUGUGACUUCAGCGCCCAAUCCCAGCGACCCCUUCGACGACGAGCGAGAGCGGCUACAGGUGGAGGCCAUGGCCAAGAAGUUUGAGAAUAAAUAUGGAAACACGGGGAAGAAGAAGAAGAAGGACAGAAUGCAGGAUCUGAUCGAUAUAGGCUUUGGUUAUGACGAGACAGACCCCUUUAUAGACAACUCAGAAGCUUAUGACGAGCUGGUGCCGGCGUCGCUGACCACAAAGCUGGGGGGAUUUUACAUCAACACCGGGACGCUGCAGUUCAGAGCGGCCUCUGACUCGGAGGGAGACGAGGACAAGAAGAAGCUGAACGACAACAAGGAGCAGGUGAUGAAGAAGAGGAAGAAGAAGGAAGUGAACAAUCUGGAGGAGAAGAACCUGAAGAAGAACAGCGGACCCAAACAAGGAGUGACGGCGCUCAGCCUCCACCGGCCGGAGAAGAAGAAGAGGAAGAAGCUGAUGAAGGACUCGCUGUACUUGGCGGCCAUGCUGCGGCGCUUCACCCGGGAGAAGGAGGACAUGAGGAAGAGGAACCCCAACAUGGCUCACCUCGCCCUGGUGGGAGGCGUGGCCAACAAACAAACGCACUCCACCAACUCGACCAACCACCUGUUGGCGUCUAACUCUGCCCACCUGCAGGGCGGCGCGGCCGGCAACGACCUCUCGCUCGCCGACCUCACGUCGGACCCGGCGGUGAUGUCACUGCUGGGCUCGGCCAAUGAGAAGGAGCUGCAGGAUCUCCUGGGCGAUUUGGACUUCAGCUUGAUGGACACUGACCAGCAGCACGCCAUGGUGGCUGCGAGGGAGAACGGCAUUCUGGGAGUUGGAGUUCCCGCUCCAAAAGGAGCAGCAGCAGCAGCAGCAGGAGGAGGAGGAGGUGCAGGGCGAGGUCUGGGGUCUUCCAGCGGUCUGUUUUCCCCGCCCCCGCUGCCUAAUGGACUGCCCGCCCCUCUUAUUAAACGCAUCGAGGACCUGCGGGCGGCCUCACGGCAGUUUGAUCAGGAGGGCCGCAAGAAAUUCUUCACCUUGGACAUGAAUAACAUUCUGCUGGAUAUCGAGCUGCAGGUCCAGGAGCAGCCUCCUGAGGUGCGUUCAGACAUCUACUCGCACAUGGAGGCCUUCGUCCCGUGCAACAAAGAAGCCCUCCUCAAACGCAUGAAGAAGCUCAGCCUCAACAUCCAGGACGAUCGACUGCGGGCGCCUCUGUUGAAGCUGAAGCUGGCCGUGUGCAGCUCGAUGCCCGAGCAGAUCUCCAGAUACAACAUCGACUGCAUGGCCAAGGUGGCAAAGCAGCAGUCAGAAGAGGGCGAUAAGAAUGGCUCGGAGGAGGAAGAUGAGGAGAAGCCCGGGAAGAGAGUGAUGGGCCCUCGGAAGAAGUUCAUCUGGGACGACAAGCUCAGGAAUCUGCUGUGCAGCUUGGUGCGCGUGAAGCUGAGCUGCUAUGAGAUGGAGAACCAGUGCUCUCUGUCUGUGGAGGACUACCUCAAGGCCUUCUUGGAGAACGAGGUCAAACCACUGUGGCCCAAAGGCUGGAUGCAGGCCAGGAUUCUGAUGAAGGAGAGUCUUUCUGUUCACUGUCACCUCACUGGAAACCUAGUCAAGAGGAGAGUGGUGCCCGGCCCCAAGGCCAAAGCCAAGGAGGCUCUCUGGAUUCACAAACCACCGCUCACCAUGGCCUCCAACCCGUCUCUGCCCAACUACACAUCCGUUCCGACCUCCAACCGCCAACCCGGCGCCUCCUCCUCCCCCUCAGAGCCCAUCUGUCUGUCGGACUCUCUGGACGAGGAUCUGACCGCUCCGUCUCUGGACUCCAUCUCCCACGCUCUGGCCCUCCUCAGCAAUGCAUCCAAGGGCCUGGGCCUCACGGACAGCCCCCUGUCCCCUCCGCCCCUCCAGAUGCCCACCUCCUCCCCUCCCCCCGUCACCCCUCACUACCCGUCGGCCUCUCAGCUCUCCGCCUCGGUCUCGUCCACGACGCAGUUUCAACACUCCCUGUUGAAGGUGGAGACCGCUCAGCAGGUGGCCACGUCUGCCGGAAGCUUUCCCACGACGACAACAACGCUACAAACCUCCUCGUCUACCUCCGCGUCUCCUGCCGUCUCCUCCAUGGCUCGCGCUCAGGCAGCAGGCCUGUCGCUCGCUUCCAGGACUGCAAACGGUCCCUACGGCCAGCUCAAAGGGUCCGGCGCUGUUGGCCAGUCCCAGACUCAGAGACUCGUUACCAUGGCAACGCCCAAUCAAAGGACAAGCACGGUGAUGGCCGGAAGUGGCAAGUUACACCCGCUCCCCUCCCCGUCCCCUCCAAAGCAGAGGCCGCCUCCCACAGCCUCCCCUCUGCUGCCCCCUCACCAGAAGGGCUUUGUCAGCCCGAUGGGCAUGCUGGGAACUAUGGGCGCCCCUCAAGGACUCGCAAAGAGCUGCGCCAAAGCCGGCGGCGUCAGCCUCAACGGCAGCACAGUGAGCAGCAGCCUCACACCUUCUUCCUCGCCUUCCUCUUUGCCCCGCUCCGUCUCCACCACCCACCUACAGUCCUUCUGCUCGCCCUCGCCUGUCUCCUCCUCGCCCUCCUCCGCCUCGCACUCCGCUCAGAACAAACCGCACGCACAUCAUCAUCAUCCGCAGGCCAACUUCAUCACCCCGAUGCAGGCCACCCUCACCAAGUCGUCCCACAGCAGCAACUCCUCGUCCAUCAUCAAGCUCACCCCUCGACCUCCUGCGCCCACCCCGCCUCCCUCCUCCUCCCCGUCCCCGUCGUCCUCUCCCUCACACUUGCUCUCCCAUCAGAUGGUCCCAACGCAACAACAACAACAACAACAGUACACCCCCAAAACCACCAAAACUUUCCGCGCCCCCUUCAGCGUGUCGGGCUUCACAGGAAGUCAGAAAUCUCCGUCGACGACGAGCAUCAGUAGCAUCAACAAUUCCAAAAACAACAAGGGGGGUGUACUGGCCGUCUGCAGCCUCCCAGGUAAAACUCCCUCGUCUCCCGCACCUUCGGUUUCCGUCAAUCACGGGCAGAGGCAGAGGAUGGUGGGCGGGGCUAACCAGAGCUCAACCGGAAACGGAUGGGCGACUUCAGGAACUUUGUCCACCCCCUCAACAACGUCACACCUCUCACAGGUAUCAACAGCAGGCUCCUCCCUCCUGGGCAGCCCCUCCGCGCUGCCGCUGGGCUUUGGCAUGUUGGGAGGCCUGGUGCCUGUCACGCUGCCCUUCCAGUUCCCCUCGUUGCUCAAUUUCAGCCCUUCAGGAGCGCCUGGGGUGGCUGGCAUGGGCUCAGCCCCCAGCUCCAACUCAGGAUACCCCUUAGCACAGAGCGACCUAAUGGAUCUGUAUAAGAGUCUCCAGGCAGGGUCGCAGGCUGCCCUACCUCCUCAUUUGCAGCUUGCUUUCUCAGAUGCCAACCAAAGCCAGGGCGGAGACAUGAAGAGGAAAUCCCACUGACCAAUAGCAGCGCAGGACACCACAGCCUCCAGGACACAUCCACCAAUAGGAACCUUCGCUUUGAUUGACUUGACAGGAGUGUUGUGGUAUGAGGGGGCGGGGCAUCACUGCGCCGCUCUCACAAAGUGGACCUAAAGGAGGAGAAUCCUCGCUUCAAGCUUCAAACGAUGAAUUAAUGAAUCUGUAUUUUCUAACUACCCGGGUAUGAGAACAAGACAGAGUGAAUGAUGAGAGAACUUUAUUUGUUCCGCUUCUUUUUAUUUUUGUCAACAUGUUUACAUAUGACCGACCUUGAUCACUGUGGAAUGAGCGAGGCGGCGGUGGAGGUGGAGGUACAGAUGAGAUAGAAGUACGCUACGUAAUAUAAUUUGUAUUUAAGUUUAAGUGGAGAAACUUUUUUUGCUCUUCUGCAGUAAAAAGAGAAGAAACAGACGGAGAUAUGAAUUAUUAUUAUUUUCGUCUCAGACGUGGGAAUCUUUGUGUCCGUAGACAUUUUUUAUCGUUGGUCACCUCUGCUCCCACAAAGACUGUUAAGUAGUAGCUUAAAUUAAAAUGAUAAAUUAUUUGUAAUUUACACAGGGACGACAUGUAGUGUGUGUGUGUGUGUGUGUGUGUGUGUGUGUGAGAGCCGUGAGGUUGAUUUGAAUGUGUGUAUGUACAUAAAAAAACAAAAAACGAUAUACUGUUAAUUUGUUUCCAGAUUUAUUCUAAAGGAACGGGUGACGACGUGUUUUCCCCCUUUUCACAAUAAUGACUGCGUGUACGUGUGGCGCCCCUCUCUCGCCCCGUGUGUUCUUGGUGCUGUCUCAUCACACUGGACCUUUUCUGGAUUAAAGACUUGAAUUGAAAAUAAAAAAAAGUUAUGGGCUCCUCCCCCCCCGGAGACGAGGAGCCGCCUGUGAGAGAGGGGAGACACGUCAGGAUUGUAGCCUACUUGAAUUGUUUUAUUUUUUAGAGUUGUGAAUUUUUAUUUUUUAUUUACUUUCUCUGAUAAUGACUCAAAGCGACUUAAUAUAACACAAAGCCUUAGUUUAUAAAAGUAUGACAAAGAUCUAUGCAGGACUGUAAAACGCUCAAUGCAAAAGUGCAAGUCGUCGCUUGGCUUUCAACCUCUACUCGACUCUGUCAGUGCGUCUCUGGAGGAGUGAAUGUGUGUACAUGUUGAGACUCUUUUUUUUUUUUUUUUUUACGCUCGUGUGUUCAGACAGAUGAUAGGCACAUGUUGGAGGCCGACGAAGUCAGCAGACAGGAUAAGUUUCAGGGCACAUUCAGACGUGUGCAAAAAAUAUAGUCAUGCUCGACGUGGACGCUGAUAAAGACCAGAUACUGGAUUUCAGUUACCUGCUUGAGUGGUCACCAACAAACACUUUGAGGCUACUACAGUCCACCUUCACAGAACUCUGACGACCCCAGAUGUUCAAAACACAUCGUCAAUCAUUUAAUAGUUUUUCUACUGUGUUGCAAGUAAACAUUCAUCUUAGAGCACAUUUAGGCUUUUUGACAGACUGAAAAAAAUACAAAUAUAUUAAUAGAUGAACAAACAGUUGAUAAGGGCUACGAUGCUAACAGCUGCAUGUGAAUAAAAAUCAUCAACAGUUAAACCUUUUUUUUCAGCUAAUUUAAAAUUAGGGAUUUAACCCUCUACAACUAAAAAUUACAACCAACUCUUUUUUUGUUGACUUCUGUAUUUAGUGUGGCUACAAAGUCUGUUUUAUUUUCUCCCCAUUCUGUUGACAAUGUGUGAAUGUAGCAUGCUGAGCUUUUAUGAAUUUAUUCUCUAAGAGAAACGUAAUUUUUAAGAAGCAGAGUUUGCUAGCUUAGUCGACAGUUUAACAGAUUAAGCUGAAAAAGAUUAAAAAAAAUAAACCUUGUGUCUGUCUGAACACACCUGUUGUGACACCUUCCCUGUAUUGAAUACCUCCUUUGACAGACACCGUUCUUCCUGAGUCUCUCUUCCCCUUUGUGUGUGUGUGUGUGUGUGUGUGUGGCUGCACCGAGAACGGCGCCAAAGAUUGAUAUGUAGCUCAUAAAUAUAAGAUGGGGUGUAGCCAGUCAGUGUGUGUUUGAGAGUAUUUCGACAUUUCCCCACAAAAUGUUAAAAAAAUAAACUCCUGAGUGUCGACGUGUGGUUCAUCAGGAUGUCAUUGUGAAGUCCUGUGACUGGAGCAGUGGGUGACAUCUUAUAAAUUGUGAUUUUUUGGGGAGGGGGGGGGGGGUGUCUAGGGGUGGGGGAGGAUAAAAACGACAAUUUCGUGAUUAACUGGUUGCUUAAUUUGGUCUUUUGUAGAUUAUUUUUGUGUGUCGAUUAUGAAAUUAAACAAAACAGGUGGUUUUCACGAUGA